GUUACAAACUCAGUUAUCUCUCUCUCUCACACACAAACACAAACAAACACAAAGAUACAAAGCAUAAUGGCACUAGAAACUGAACGUAAAACAGAGGCUAUCUUCAUCUCUAGUCCUGCACAGAAACAAAAGGAUAGGAUCCUUUUGUUGCUGAGAUUGGUUGCAUUUUUUGCCACAGCAUCAGCAACUAUUGUGAUGGCACUUAACAAACAGACCAAUACCUUGGUGGUCGCCACCAUCGGCAACAACCCAAUAAAAGCUUCUCUUACUGCCAAGUUUCAACACACCCCAGCAUUUGUGUUCUUUGUGGUAGCCAACAGUAUGGCCAGUUUCCAUAAUUUGUUGAUAUUAGUGGUGGAAAUUGUUGGGCACAAGAUUGACUACAAGGGUUUGCGCCUUGCCAUCAUCGCCAUUUUGGACAUGUUGAUUGUGGUUCUGGCAGCAGCUGGGGAUGGAGCAGCAGUGUUCAUGGCAGAGCUAGGGAAGAAUGGUAAUUCACAUGCAAGGUGGAACAAAAUCUGUGACAAGUUCCAAACCUUUUGUGACCAUGGCAGUGGAGCUCUCAUUGCUUCCUUCGUUGGCCUCAUUCUUCUCUUGAUCAUCAAUAUCAUCUCUAUUGCCAAAUUGUUCAACCCAAAAUCCUACAAUACCAUUUAAUUUAUGUAAAUGUAGUUGUGGUGGAUCCAAUUCCAUUCUCAGUCUCACUUGUGUAUUUGCUAGCCUUUUGAGCUUUGUUCCACACUACUUGUGUUUGCUCAAUUCUUAAGUGUAAUUGUCUCUGUGAUUAAUGCCUAUGUAACCAUGGUUGUUAAUUCUCUCCAAAUUCAAAAACCUACAUUUGUAUGA